UGUACGAAGAUAUCACUAAACUUAUCAUAUUAAUAUAUGACACAUUUGUUCCAAAUUUUUAUUAAGUUUAUGCAAGGAUUUUAGUUUUAAUUGAGUCAUUCGAGAAAUUACAAGAGUCUUUACUAUGUGUUUCGUAAAGAUAUAAAUUUACUAAAUACGAAGAUAAAAUGUGUGAUACUAAUCUCCUCAAAAAGUGUCUAGAAAUAAACAGGAGAAAACUUUUACAGUUAAAUCAUGGUUUACAAGUUUGUAACCAACUAUUAAAUGCAAUUAAAUUCAAAGUAGGGGCACUGCAAAUACAAAUAUUGGCGACGAGGAUAAUGUACCAGGACAUCAUGGAGUUGCGGAAACUGAUUUUAAUUGUACAUCCACAUCUAAAGCAGAUAUCGGUCAAGGAAUAAUCAGCAGUUUCCCGCCAUUACCGCUGCCACUAUUCCACAAAUCAUCGCGGGAUGCACAUGAGGUCGUUCGACGGAUAGAGCAGCGGCCAUGACAGUCGAAAGAGCAACAUUACGAACGGGGAGCGUAAUUUGAUAAUCGUCGUGCACUUGACUGCGACACAUCGUCUGACAGUCCAUCUGUCAUGUUGAUUGACCCGGCUUGCGAAGGACAACGGCCGCAGCCGCUGAUGUCAAAUCAACCACUCACUUCCUCCUUCAUACUUUAAACUCAAUAAAUGUGUGAGGAUACAUGAUUGAGAUGGGGUGAGCUAAUUUCAUACAGAAAUGUCUACAUAUCAAAUUUUACCGCUCCCAGUCCAAGUUGACGUUUUUUUCUUGCAAUUUUUGCCCCCAUUUUCUUAUAUAGUGUGUAAAUUGUGAGAUAAUCGGACUGUAGAGUUAUCUGCGAGUAAUUAACUCAUCUUGUCUCAAACUAACGCGCUAAAGCAUUUUUGACAAUAGAUUUUUUUACUUAUUAUGCUAAUCGCCUUCCCUAGAUUGUGGCCCUAUAUGGAGAGUUCUAUGUCUGAUGGGUGCAAAGUUCCUCUUUUAUGUUUAUCUGCCAUGCUAGAGUAAAUCCUUAAAUCCCCUUUUCACUUCCUCUACUAUAGAAUAUAGAUAAUUAAACAUUUUAAAAUUGAGAUCUGUGAAUGCUAGUUUUGGUGAUUCAUUGGUGUGAAACAAGGCAAAUUAAAGAAGGUUGUACGCCGAAAAGGUUCCACCUUCGCCAUGACCUUUCACUUACCAAUUUACCACAUUUUCCUUAAGUUUAAAAUUAUUCAUAGUAAGUUUAUCUCCUUUGGUAACGCGGUAUGUCACGAGUGUGUUGCCUUGAUUGCCAAACAAUGGCCGGAGUAAAGAAGCCUUGGUAAGCAAUUGUCUUCUCUUAUUGUUAGCCGAUUUCGGACCCUUCCUAUGCUGAAAAUAGACUAACAAGAGGCCUCUAGCAAACAAGCGAAAUAUGGUAGCAGAAGCAUAUAAUAUUUCGUACACAAAACUUUUAGAAACAAAGAGUUUCAUUUACAUACAAAAUUCCAACUUAAGUUAUACCAACUAUAUGAAAUUCUAUUAACAAUUAGUUCAUUUAAAUUUGGCCUACUUUUAUACAUUGGUUCUUGGUUAUAAAUGGCAGCAGAUAGAUCAUGUUAAUUUAGUCCAGUAAUGAAUAACUUUAACGGACGUAACAAAUAUCGGCAAUGAAUUACGGUUAAGAGAGGCAAUUAGAGAGUUAAACUAUUUUGUAAGAACUAUGUCAUGUUCUUUAGAAGGAUUUGACGGGCUAGGGGAUGAAUAAGAAGUCUUUGUUUUAGUUAAUAAUAAUAAAAAUAGUAGUCACAGAUGACUAAGAUCUAGGACAUAAUAAACAGAUAUUAUAUUGAAUUGUAAUGAACCAAUCUAGAGUUCUUUGAUUAUGUUGGCAACUUAUUAGAUGCAUAAGGAAGGAAAGAGUGAUCGGCCUUUCAAUCGAAAUUUUUGAAUGCUAAUAUAUGACAUUGCUCUUGAGAAUUGAUCGUACUGACCGAGAAGUUUGUAGAAAAUAUAUCGUUGUCUUUAGAAUUUGAACAAAUACCCUUCGAGCUUCAUCAAUGCAUGCAAAUAAGCAUUCACGCCUUGGAGGCGCAUAUGCCAAAGCGGACAUUUAAAUCUUAUCUGCAGGCCAGCAGCAAAUACAGUCAAUUGUUUCCGAACGCGUGGCUAGUUAACAAAUAAACGCGGUUUACAAUUGGAGUAGGUAUAGAAUGCGCAAGAGUUGCUUCGCAUAUAUUGCCAGUCCACGCUAUCCUAGCGGUCAGGUCACACACGCUUAGGGCUCUCAUCUUCCCUUAUGUGAUAAAAAAACGCGCGGGAAUACGAAUAAGUGUUGUCUUUGAAUAUAGAUAUAUCAGUCGAGACUAUCGAAUAGAAGUUACGAUGUUCAAUAACAAUGUUAUUCGGUUUAGAUCUUUAUGUGACAAGUAAAUAAAGUUCAUUUAAAAUGCAGUUCUAAACGGUCAUGGUAUUAUUUUAAACGAAGUGAAGAAAAACUGUUCCAGUACACACAAUGAUACAAAUUACUAUAAUAACUGUAUAUGUAACAGAGAUGAAAUCGCUCCUAUCAAAAGCAAGUGCGAUAUCGUGACAAGAGAAAGAGUCAAAAAAUGACAACAGAACUCUCUUACGAAAUGCAAGAGCGAGAUGGAGAAAAGGAGGUUAAAGGGAAAUUAGCUACUGGGAAAAUAUUUUACAAACCUGGAGUUAUAGAAGAGGAAACUGACGAAACCAGUGCCUUCGAGAGUUCGAUGGUGGAAUCACCAAUGCUAGCACCAUGCGGAAGCAGUUUCCUAAGACCACCUCAGAUCCAUCCAUCGAGCAGUCUUCACCGCAUACCUACGUACAGCAGUUCCAUAGGACAGAGUACAAUAUAUCGUCAAGAUACUUGCAGGAGCCGGUCGCAUAGGCACGGCGCUACCCGUAGGACGAGACGUCGAGCCAUACUUAAAAAUGGCGAGUGCAACAUACUCAAGUCCCGCAUAUCCCAGCGCCGGCUGCGGUUCCUGCAGGACAUGUUCACGACGCUCGUGGAUGCGCAGUGGCGGUGGACGCUGCUCGUGUUCACUCUCUCCUUCAUCCUCUCGUGGCUCGGUUUCGCCCUCAUCUGGUGGUUGAUAGCUUUCACACACGGGGACCUGGAAGAGGACCAUCUACCUCCCAUGCAGGAAUCCUCUAAUUGGAAGCCGUGCGUUUUCAACAUUUAUGACUUCACUUCCUGCUUCUUGUUCAGUAUAGAAACUCAGCAUACGAUAGGCUACGGCUCACGUACCACAACGGAGGAAUGUCCGGAAGCUAUAUUCAUAAUGUGCUUGCAGAGCAUAGUCGGUGUCAUGAUACAAGCGUUCAUGGUAGGUAUAGUGUUCGCUAAGAUGACGCGGCCAAAGCACAGAACGCAAACCCUUCUGUUUUCAAAAUACGCCGUAGUUUGCCAGCGCGACGGCGAGCUGUGUCUGAUGUUCCGCGUUGGAGACUUGAGGAAGUCGCACAUUAUCGGGGCUAGUGUCAGAGCUCAAUUAAUACGAUCCAGGACGACGAAGGAAGGCGAGCUGCUAUCACACUACCAGACUGAAUUGGAGCUGAAUGCCGACGGAUGUGAUAGCAAUCUGUUCUUUAUCUGGCCUAUCACAAUGGUACACAGGAUCAACGCCGAAAGCCCGUUUUACGGAGUGUCAGCGGCGGACGUCCUGCAGGAGAGAUUCGAGAUAGUUGUCAUAUUAGAGGGAACUAUUGAAUCAACGGGUCAGACUACACAAGCCCGCUCCAGUUACACGACAAGUGAAAUAAUGUGGGGACACAGAUUCUUGCCCUUGGUGUCCUAUAAUCGGGAGCGUCAGGGAUAUGAAGUAGACUACUCCAAGUUUGAUGAGACAUCGCAAGUGGACACUCCGCUUUGCUCUGCCAAAGAGCUGGACGAGUUCUACGGGAACCAGCCUGAUCGGAGAUCAAUUGUUUACUCUGGCAACACAUCAUUACCUCAGGAGAUUAUAUUCGACAGUGGUAAAGGAGUUCCUUCAUCACCCCUCAUCAAUAUAGCGGACAGGCUGGUUGUUGAUGCUAUCAGGAGAGCCAGCCUUACGAAUCGACCAUCUAUUGUUAAGUAUCCGCCUGAUUACUUUAACAGCCUCGAAGAUCACUCUUCCUCGUCGAGCGAAGAUGAGAAAACCAAAAAGAAACAAGGCUCUAGAAAAAGUAGUGGAAAAGGUGUUUAGGUUAGCAAAAGCGCCAUCUAUUAAUGAAAAGCGGCACAAAAUAAUUUUUGUGCAGUUAUUUAAAAUAU